CUUCACAGAAACCCAGAUCUAUUCUUGAAAGAGAAAGUAGACAGGGAGAGCCAAUCCAUCUCAUGCCUUGAAGAGAAAGGAGAGAGAGAGAGAAAGCGGAGAACCCAUCCAUUUCUUUGCUCAAAAUCUCUUUUUUUUGACACCUAUCCUUUUGUUUUUUUUCUUUUUUUGUGUUGGAUUUGUUAGAGGUAAAAAAAAAAAUCUCUUUUCUGGGUAUGAAAAUCAUUUUGGGUGUUUAUGGGUUUCAGUUAAGCUUCAUCAAGAUCUGAUCUUCUUUUUACAGCAAAAGAAAGCCCUAUUUUUGGUGAGAGUGGCUAUGUCAAUGGUGGCUUUUCUUUCUUUGAAAAGAAGAUUCUUUUUCUUCUUUCUCUUUAUUCCAACUUAUUACUGUACUUUUUAACCAAAGUUGCAGCCUGGGCCUGUGGUUUUUUUUUUUUCAGUUUUCUUUUGAGGUAAAAAAGUUGCAGGGUUCUAUAGGGUAGGGUAAUCUGAGAGAAAGACUGUUGUGGUAGUAUUCCUAUGUUUCAGAGCUGCUGUUUGUGAGACUGGAGAUGAAAUGGAUUUUGAAUCCACAAGAACUGUUUUUAGUAGAAUUCAGAAGCUUGAACCCGAGAAUGUCUCAAAGAUUGUUGGGUACCUCCUGUUACGGGAUAACGGCGAGAGGGAAAUGAAUGAGCUGGCUGUUUGCCCUGACAGCUUGAUCAUUUCCUUGAUAAACAAAGCCAAAUCUGAACUUGGGUUGGCUUCAAAACCUCAAAUUUCAACCCAAAUCCCACAGAAUUCCUUCAAUUCUGAUCUCCCUUUGCCAUUCACCCCAUUUUCUCUUUCUACAUCACGCCCCUUCUCUUCCCCUGCAACUUUUGCCCCUCCCUAUUGGGAGCACCAGCCAGGAACUGAUCAACAAGCUCUCCUCAAUUUGGACCUUGUUUCUCCUGAAGAGUAUAGGUUUCAAAACCAAGCCCAUUCCUUGGGAUUAGAUGAUCAAUUAGAGCCUGUUAAUCCUCUUGGCGCAGAGCUCCAAAAUGAGUACUUUUACCAAGAACCAACAUUGGCCUCCCUGAGUGCUCGAACCAGUCGAAGAACUUCAAGCAUGCCUGAGAUUCCUUCAAAGCUAUGCGUUUACUUUCAAAGAGGUUUUUGUAAACAUGGAAACAAUUGCAGGUUCUUCCAUGGUCAACAUGGGUUGGAUCAUUUCUUAACAGGGUUUAGUACUAGUCCGACUGAGUCAUUGGGUGACGACCAUAUGAUAUCUUCAGGAACUCUUGAGAGGCUCGAGAUGGAGCUUCUGCAACUUCUUAGGGCGAAAAGGACCCCGAUUUCUAUUGCUUCAUUGCCUCAGCUGUACUAUGAGAGGUUUGGGAAGACACUUCAGGCUGAGGGUUACUUAACUGAGAGCCAGAGGCAUGGGAAAGCGGGUUACAGUUUGACUAAAUUGCUUGCUAGGUUGAAGAAUAGUAUCCGGCUCAUUGACAGCAGGCCUCAUGGACAGCAUGCUGUGGUUUUAGCAGAGGAUGCUGCAAAAUAUACUGAAUACAGGAGUGAUAGAAAUGAUCCUGGUGCCAUUGUUGCCGGGUCUCGGCAGAUAUAUCUAACAUUUCCAGCUGAAAGCACCUUCACUGAAGAGGAUGUGUCAAACUAUUUCAGGACUUUUGGGCCUGUUCAGGAUGUAAGGAUACCAUGCCAGCAAAAACGCAUGUUUGGUUUUGUAACUUUUAUGUAUCCUGAGACAGUUAAGAUGAUUCUAAAUAAAGGAAAUCCCCAUUUUGUUUGUGGGGCUCGUGUCCUUGUUAAGCCUUAUAGAGAGAAGUCAAGGCUUGUGGACAGAAAAUAUCCGGAGAAAAUUGAUCACCCCGUAUAUUAUUCUCCACACUUUCUGGAUAUGGAACCAGAAUAUCAGUCAGUCCCAGGAAUCUGGGACGAUGCUAGAUUAAUCAGAAAGCAGCUCAGGGAAGAGCAAGAGCAUGCGAUAGAGCUUGAGAGAAGGCGCCUCUCCGAAUUUCAGAUGGCUUCGAAGCCCCUGAGCCACAACUAUUUUGGCUAUCCCAUGGAUGACUUCAAACUUUCUGAAGCUUGUACAGAUCAAAAUGGGUUUCCUUCUACCGAUCGUUUCGGCUAUCUGCUUGAUGUCUUGAAUAGUGACUCUGCGAGUGAUGAUAAAACCAGGCAUGCAAGCGGCAAUUACAGUGACCAAGAGAGCAGCCAAGGACUUAACCUUCCUGAGAGCCCUUUUGCAUCUCCCAUCACAAACAGCAUUUCCACAGUCAUAUAGAUAGAAGAAGAAAAAAAAGUAACACAAAGAAUUACAGAGGUAUAAAAUUCCAAAUUUAAUUUGAAUCAGUGAUUUGAGUAGUUAGGCGAUCAAGCUCGACUGCAAAUUUAUACAGAUCGAAUCAGCAAAGACUUCUUUCAUCUCCCAAUAACAUGGAGAAACCACGGUGAAGAUACAGAAGGCCAUUAUGUAACAAGUUCUCUCUUUUUUUAAUUUCUUUUUUCCUUUUUCUCUCUCCUCUUCUACACUUUUAAACAGUUUCAGUCCCAUGAAACUUACUGUAACCACAGGAGCAAGAGGUCUGUGAACCUUGGUAAAAAGCUUGUAUUGUAUAGCCUAUCUUAGUUCAAAAAAUCAACAGAAAAUGUGCAGGGAUCAGAAAAUCAAAAAGGGUCAUGAGUCUCUGUAACGCCUGGAAACAGUGAUGAAUUACCAUGAAAGAAAAUUUUUAGUUUCUAUUAUUACUAAAUGUACCUUUUCUUAA